CACCGCGCCUGGAGCGAGGGACUGCCUGCACCGGAGCGCGCUGUGGAGCCGCGGGCGAGUGCCGAGAGGAGCAGCACCCGCCCGGACCUGGGCUGCACGGUAGGAGAAUUCCGCUGCAGCCGCCCCCGGCGUGCUUGAUCCCGGCUCCUCCGCCGGCCUGUGGCCUGGCCGCCGCUCCCCAGCCUCACCUGGACACGUCCCAGUCAGCACACGCCGUCCGUCCCCACCAUCCAUCCGCAGCCAUGAACUUCCUCCGGCGACGCCUCUCCGACAGCAGCUUCGUGGCCAACCUGCCCAACGGCUACAUGCCAGACCUGCAGCGCCCAGACAGCUCCACCAGCUCCCCCGCAUCCCCGGCCACGGAGCGGAGGCACACGCAGCCCCUGGCUGCCUCCUUCUCCUCCCCGGGGUCCAGCCUCUUCAGCUCCUUCUCGGGCGCCAUGAAGCCGUCCGCGUCAGCGCAGGCCGCCGCAGGGCCCGUGGAGCCUGCAGGGCCCUCCGUGCCUGUCGUGCAGAGGCCCAGGGUCCUGCUGGUGAUUGAUGACGCCCACACGGACUGGGCGAAGUAUUUCUACGGAAAGAAGCUGAACGGAGAGAUUGAGAUCCGAGUGGAGCAGGCGGAGUUCUCCGAGUUGAACCUGGCUGCCUAUGUCACCGGGGGCUGCAUGGUGGACAUGCAGGUGGUGAGGAACGGCACCAAGGUGGUGAGGUCCUUCAAGCCGGACUUCCUGCUGGUCCGCCAGCAUGCCUACAGCAUGGCGCUCGGGGAGGACUACCGCAGCCUGGUCAUCGGCCUGCAGUACGGGGGACUGCCCGCCGUCAACUCGCUCUACUCCGUCUACAACUUCUGCAGCAAGCCCUGGGUGUUCUCUCAGCUCAUCAAGAUCUUCCAUACCCUGGGCCCCGAGAAGUUCCCGCUCGUGGAGCAGACGUUUUUCCCCAACCACAAGCCAAUGCUCACAGCUCCACACUUCCCCGUGGUGGUCAAGCUGGGACACGCCCACGCCGGGAUGGGAAAGAUCAAAGUGGAGAACCAGCUCGACUACCAGGACAUCACCAGCGUGGUGGCCAUGGCCAAGACCUACGCCACCACCGAGGCCUUCAUCGACUCCAAGUACGACAUCCGCAUCCAGAAGAUCGGCUCCAACUACAAGGCUUACAUGAGGACCUCCAUCUCCGGGAACUGGAAGGCCAACACGGGCUCCGCCAUGCUGGAGCAGGUGGCCAUGACGGAGCGGUACCGGCUGUGGGUGGACAGCUGCUCAGAAAUGUUUGGUGGCCUGGACAUCUGCGCGGUCAAGGCCGUGCACAGCAAGGACGGCAGAGACUUCAUCAUUGAGGUCAUGGACAGCUCAAUGCCCCUGAUUGGGGAGCACGUGGAGGACGACCGGCAGCUGAUGGCCGACCUCGUGGUAUCCAAGAUGAGCCAGCUCCUGGUGCCAGGGGCCACGGUGCCCUCGACCCUGAGGCCCUGGGCUCCGCAGACUAAGCCAGCAAAGUCCCCAGGCCAGGGCCAGCUGGGGCCUCAGCUGGGACAGCCCCAGCCACGCCCGUCUCCACAAGGAGGCCCUCGCCAGGCUCAGUCUCCUCAGCCCCCCAGAUCCGGAAGCCCCUCCCAGCAGCGGCUCUCCCCGCAGGGCCAGCAGCCCCUGAGCCCCCAGCCCGGGUCCCCCCAGCCACAGAGGUCCCCGGGCUCUCCGCAGCUGGCGCGGGCCUCAGGGGGCACCUCCCCGGGCCAGGCCUCCAAGCCAGGCUCCACCCUCCCGCCCCAGCCCAGGCCGCCUGCACAGAGCCGCAGCGCCUCCCAGCAGGGAGAGGAGCCCAAGAAGACAGCGCCGCCCCACCCUCACCUCAACAAAUCCCAGUCCCUGACCAACAGCCUCAGCACAUCAGACACCCCCCAGCACGGGGCUCCGAAUGAAGACGAGGCCAAGGCCGAGACCAUCCGCAACCUGAGGAAGUCUUUUGCCAGCCUGUUCUCCGACUAGCCCUAUCCCGGCCGGAGCACAGGAGGCCACCAUCACACGUGACCCUCCUGCCUCAGCCUCCUCCUGAGCCUCGUACUUUCCAAAUGCCUUUGACCCGGGAUCCGGCCUCUACUGUGUCCCCACUGUCUUGGCCAGGACACCCUGGCACCAUCUGAGCCAGGGCAGUGACAUCCUCCACCUGAGAGCCAUACCACCACUCACCGCCCUCACCUGCCCCGCCCCUGUGACGAGGCCCCUCCUGUGUGGCCACACUCCACCUCCAGCAAGUGCACCCUCCGGCCAGCCUCAGCAACACGGAGGGAUCCCUCUCAAUAGCGCCUCCCACCGCAGGGAGAGGCCGGCGGGCAGGCGGCCGCCCCGGCCAGGCAGCUGGGAGCCCCUUGCAGCCAGGCAGGCCAAGGCCCCUGGGGGUUUGAGGUCAGCAGGAAGAAGGCGGACCCCAUGGCACACAGCGGGCCUCUGAGAACCACAGGUGGGGACACUGUUGUGAUGCCACCCACCCCAGAGCGCCCCCUAACCAGAUGGCAGGAGCAGACAGCAGGUCCUCAUCAGACCCAGGCAGCUGCCGUGUGGGGCCCUCUGAUCCCCUGCGGCUCUGCUUCCUCUUCCAGACAGAGCCAUGUGCAGGCCGGAAGGCGGGUCCGACUCGGUUUCCAGAGGCCCCAGGUCCGGCAGGGCCAGGCAAUGCUGCUCCCGUGCCGGAUGCCAUGUAGGACCUGAGUCACGGGCUCCCGGAAGGCAUCGGCCAGACAUCACCCACCCCCACUGCCUGCGUGAGCAGGUCACUGCAGGCCCGGGUCAUCCUGACUCCUUUCCCAGUGCUCCCAGCCUAUCCCAGAAUGCACCCCGUGACCAGGGGCGUCCCAAGCCCCCAACACCUGGUGCUAGAAACACUGCAGGUGCCAGACGCAGCCGCUGGUCCCAACUUGUAACCGCCGUGUUCUUCCUACAGCCAGCUUGGCAACACCAGCUCCGUCGCCCCUCGCUGCUCCAGGGAUGGCAGGAGGAGGGCCUCUCUGGGUGUCCGUGGUCAGGGGCAGCUUCUAGUUGUGCCCAGUGGCAUAGUUUGCUUAUGAUCACCUGAGACCCGGCCAGGGCCCAGGGCAUAUAACUGGCUGCCACCUUUUCCAUCCUCCAAGUCCAGGCUGGAGUGGUGAGCCCAGGCCCAAGACCUUCCUGCAGUCACCUCAAGCCAGACCUUGGAGACCCUGCCUCCAAGCUGGCUUCCACCAGGCUGCUAGCUAGACGGCUCGGCCCGAGUGCUAGCACAGCAUGGCCGAGAGAGACCCAGCCCUCAGCUCUUCCUCGUGCUCUUCCUCCCCGGGCCUGCCUACGUUAGAAGCCCUCUGGCUCCUCUUGUUCCUGACUGGUGUUACAGCUUGUUACAGCUCCGGUGUAAGGAAGAUAGACAGCCCAGCUGCUGGUGACCACCGGAGCCCUGCCAAGGCAGCUGGGUGUCAAUGGCACCGCCCUCCUUUGCCCAGCCUCCGCACCACAGUGGCCCAGGCUAGCAAGGAGCAGCCCUGCGUCCUAGGCAGUCACGAGGGACCUGUACCUUUGCGGAGCAGAACUGAUGGCUCCGGAAAUGGGGCACGCAGCCCAAACGUUCCCACUUUCCUCCAAUCCGUCGCUUGUCCCUAGAAAGCCCAAGGCACACACGUCUCCCCACCACCCCAACUGCUGCAGCAGAGGCUCCUUUACUUUUAUUUUUAUUGUUUUGGAAUCAAGACUAUGAAGGCAGACUGAUUUCAUGCAGCCAGAGGACCAUCUGGAAACUGAACUAAGAACUCUUUUUUUUUUUGGGUACCCAGAAUCGGACUCAUGACCUCACGCUUGCCAGGCAAGCGCUUACGCCACUGAGCUACAUCCCCGGCCCUGAACUAAGAACUCUUCCACACACUAUGCUUAAUACACAUUAUCAGAGUUAAUUCAGGCAUACCCACACGGGAAACCCUGUAUUCAUAAGCACGUUAGGGAACCUCAAAAUCAGCCUCAUGCUCCCAGGUUCUUUAGAAGUUCUCAGCAAAACUCAAAACAGUCUUUACAUUAAUGCAGAGCCUAUUAUAGCAGAAGACAGAUGAAAACCUGUGAAUGGUAAGCAGCAUAGGCAAGAUUCCAGGAGUAACCGGGGUGGAAAGGCUCCUUCAAAACCCCAAACCAGGCGGGGCCCUGGGGCCUCGCAGCAGGCUCCAGAUCUGGCAGGACUCGAGUUUGCCCGGCACAUCCAGGGCACCUGCACAGGUCUGCACGUGCGCACAACAGGGGCUAAACGUGCACUGUCUCAGGGAGGCCACAGACCGCCAAGGGGACCUCUCCUCCCAGAGACGAGCCCUGCUCCUCCAACAGUGUAACCUUUAGCGGCUGUGACAUUUGGACACAGGAAAGGGCAAAGAAAGGGAAGUCACUGUAUACAGCUUCUGAAAGGUUGUAUUUGUUGUUUUUUGCUUUGUUUUCCAACUCUGACCCAAAGAAAGGCUACAUUUUCCCCCACGCCAACUCGGUGCGCUGGGAUGACAAAGCCCCAUUGAACCCAUUCAGCGACCUUGGAGAGCACUGACCGCCCCCAGCCAGUGGAGUCCCCUCCCGCGCUUCCUCCCUACAGCAAGAUGAACUGCACCAGACUUGCUCAAACGAUCAGCCUUCUGGGGACACGGGUGUGUGUGUCCCUCCUCCCCAGGGUACCCUCCCCCUGCUCAGGCCCUGCUGAUGACAGUGAGUCCCCAACUCCCCAAACUUCGGGGUGACAGAGCUGCACAUGCAUGACAACACAGCAGAUCCUGCGGAGCGGAGCACACCCGUGUCUGGACUGGCCGUGGCUGUGCAGCACGCCCCACACGCUGACUGCACUGGUUGGUGCUGGUCCCCCGGGAUGCCCUGAAAUUAGUACGAGGCGAACGGCAUGAUGAUGAAGAAAGGGCUGUGUUCCUAGUGUAUCAAGGUGAGGUCGCCUGGCUAGAAACAGCAUCAAACCAACAAGAGGAGUAAAGUGAGGGGAGAGAGCAAAGAGGCUGAAAACACAGCGGCAGUCUUAACCCCAGCAAGACCUCUUCCGGACGACAGCACAGAAAGGCGAGCAGAGCAGGCGGCCUGGAGAUACCCCGGAGCACGCACCCGGCCCGGGGCUGCCACACUGGGAGCCGGGAGUGAUGUUGGCACAGGCAUGAGGCCAGCGAGGUCGACGUGCCCAGUCCACGCCUCCUGCAGGGCUGUGUGGCCAAGGCCAGGCCCGCGGACAGAAGGUAGCCUCCGACCCUCGAGCCGUGCACAGUACACCCUGCAAUGCACACAGCAGCUUCCCAACGGGCACAGGCGUCCUUCUGGGCCCCCACCCCCAACGCCACCCCUGCCCGUCUGCACCGUGAGCUGACCAGUCUCUCAAGCUUGGCUCGUGUUCUGCAUUUAGAAUUCAUGCAAGGCUGCAGGCUCCUCACAGGCUAAGCUACACCAGACUUGCAGGUUCAAGUGGUAACCUCACCAUCCUACAGGACAGCCAUCUGCCCAGGAGCCCUGAGCCCUGGGCCCAGAAGGCAGGCUGGCUGGUCACUAACUAGCCUGAUGAGUGUCCUAGCUGUCCUAGAUCCCUAAGUGCCACGAGUCAAAGGCUUUGAGGUAAUGAGGACAGUGGCAGGCAGCAGCACCCCAGUUGGGCUGGAGGCAAAUCGGAAGCCCAGGAGACAGCAAGCUGGACGGGUCCAUGUGCCAAGCGCCGCAUAAAGGACACAGAGGCUCCAGGCGUUUCGAGAUGCGACAUGGACACUUUGCAUACACAGGUCCCAAUGGGUAGGCCAAGAGGAAGACAAAUGCCAGGGAAGUGGUCGAGUCAGGAGGCGCUCCUUAGGGACACCACCCCAAAACCAAACCUUCUACAGCAGAUGUGUCCUUAAUCCUUUAGCUGGGAGAGACCUUGCAUUACUUUCAGCUCAUCCUCCCAACCUACUCCACACACCUGCCCUCGCCGUCCCUGGCUGGGUCUGCAGAGCACAACUGACACUUCCAGCGCUCUGUGAACCUUGUGCCCAGCUCAUGUGCAGCAGAAGCGCCACCAGCUGCCAGUGAGCCCACGUGUGGCACACCAGUUGUUCCUGGGCACCACGCCGCCCAGUCAGGAGCCGCGGACCCCAAGUGGGGCCCACAGCACAGCACAGCACGUAGCUGGGCAACUAUGCCCAGGGCAGGGGGCAGGCAGGCCCAGGAGCGGGGCAGAGGACGAGGAGCGAGAGCAAGGUCCAGCUCUAAGAACUGGAAAGAACCAACCAGAGGUGGAGAGGACAGGCUUCAAGUCUUACACAGGAAACCAGACUGAAGCAGGAGGUGAACAGCACCCUGCUGGGUUACCAGCCAGGACUCUGCAUCUAUGAGACGGGGCAGGGAGCACAGUCCUGUUAAUAGGAGUAACAAGGGAGCAUUACAGGGCAACAGAGAUGGGAGGCUGGCGUCCAGCGCAGAACGGCCCCUUCCGCACCCGCUUGGCCGGCACCCAGCUCGCUGCCAUCCCGUGUGAGGAAGCCGCACAGCCAACGGCUCCUGCUGAACCUCUUCACUCAUCAGACACCAGCAACACACAGACUGCGUCUCAGUCUCGUGACACGAAGGCCAGACGCUACAGGCUGCUGACUUAAGUACAUCUACAUCAGGAGGGAAACUGGGAGGACUGCUUUAAGAACUUCUGAUAGAGACGUGUGCACAUUUAGUGUUAGGGCACAGCGCCGACGUGCUGAGGAUUCGUGCUGUCUGCCAGGCCAGAGGUGAGGCUGCAGAGCAGCACCGGCCUCAGAGGCGCUCAGACCGCCUGCGCCCCACGCACGCGCACACACGGUCCCGCAGUAUCUGGUGCUUCCAGUCACCACUGCGUUUCACGAAACUUCCCCAGUGCGUUGUAUCCACAGUGCAGGGCACCAGUGGGUCUGAGCGCCCAGCCCACCCUGCUGCACAGCAGCCCUUCCAGCCCAGCCCAAACGAAGCCCUGCGGCCCGCAGCGGGCACCUGCUCUGCAAAGGCUGUGCUGCAGCUCAGGCUCUGAACCCACCGGAAGAGCCAGCUGCCUGACCUCCCCGCAGGUGGCGCGGCCGCCCCAUCAUGCUGACUGAAUCCUCUUCACUGUGAUGGAAAAGACUCAAUGUGCAGCAAAAAAUAGAAUUCCUUUGUAUAUACAACUGAAAAUACUCCUGCAGCACAUAACUUUCCAAGCAUUUCCUUAUAUGCAAAACUUUUUACAAAGCAAGACAACACUGGCAAUACUCCCAGUAUUUCCUGCAGAUGCAGUUGUGUUCGUUCCUGUGUUAGGACUUAGACUUUACUUUGUCACCACAGCAUGUUUCUGUAGUUCUUUGUAGGAUUAUCAAUUUGUGUUUGGCCUUUUUCUUAUAGAAAAAUAAACCUUUAAU